GCGAACCCCGGGCCGGGCCGCGCGCGCGCUGACUGGAGCGCGGGCCCGUAGCCGGGUUCGCCCCGCACAGCCCCGCGCUCGCGGCCACCGCACCCAGAGCGCCAGCGACAACAUGGGCAGCCGCAGCGCGCCCGAUCCGCGCGCGGAUGUGAAUUAUUAAAAAGAAAAUGGCCCAGCAGGACACUGUAUUUCCUUCUCUUGUCACCCAGGAAGGGUAUACUAUCUGGAAAAUAUGCAUCUAAGGCGAGUGAGGACCAUGCCCCGACACAGCCAGUCCCUGACCAUGGCACCCUACUCUUCUGUGAGCCUGGUGGAGCAGCUGGAAGACAGGAUCCUCUGUCACGAGAAAACCACAGCAGCACUGGUGGAGCAUGCCUUCCGCAUCAAAGACGACAUUGUCAGCAGUUUGCAGAAGAUGCAGAAUAAAGGGGGAGGCGACCGCUUAGCCAGGCUGUUCUUGGAAGAGCACAUCAGGAAUAUAACUGCCAUUGUGAAGCAACUGAAUCGGGAUAUUGAGGUUCUCCAGGAGCAGAUCCGUGCCAGGGACAACAUCAGCUAUGGAACUAAUUCUGCCUUAAAGACACUGGAGAUGCGCCAGCUCUCUGGUUUGGGAGAUCUCCGAGGAAGAGUUGCAAGGUGUGACGCCAGCAUAGCCAGACUCUCCGCAGAGCAUAAGACAACCUACGAGGGGCUCCAGCACCUGAACAAGGAACAGCAAGCAGCCAAGCUGAUCCUGGAGACAAAAAUCAAGGAUGCAGAAGGACAGAUAUCUCAGCUUUUGAGCAGAGUAGACUUGUCCAUUUCAGAGCAGAGCACCAAACUGAAGAUGUCCCACAGAGACAGCAGCCACCAGCUUCAGCUCCUGGACACUAAAUUUAAAGGUACGGUUGAGGAGCUCAGCAACCAGAUUUUAUCUGCACGGAGUUGGCUGCAACAAGAACAAGAACGGAUAGAGAAAGAACUUCUACAGAAAAUUGAUCAUCUUUCCUUGAUUGUUAAGGAAAACAGUGGAGCCAGUGAGAGAGACAUGGAGAAGAAACUCAGCCAGAUGUCGGCCAGGCUUGACAAAAUCGAAGAGAGUCAGAAGAAGAGCGUGGAAGGACAGAGAGCGAAGCCGGAAGAGGAGAAGGUGCACGGGCGGAUCAGCAAACUGGAGUUACAGAUGAGCGAGGACAUGAAGGAAAUGAAAGCAGAGGUCAAUGCUGUUUUAUCACUGUCAUGAUGGACCUCAAUUGGCAUCAUUUAUGGAAUAGCUACACACGCUUUUGUAUGGACAGAGAGUCGAACUGAUGCUACAUUUAUCAUACCGUGAAGAGACACGCCCUGGCACGUUGGUAGAUGUUUUACUUUCCAGUCACCAUGUUUGAGUUGUUGAAGACUUGAGCCCGUGCUAUUUGCUCACCUGUGAGUUUGUCACAGCUGACAGAAGUCACUUGUGUGAAAGUGUGAGGGCAUCCCAGGAGAGACAGCAAGAGCACUUACAAGUUUCCAGAACACCUCCUUGUCUUUUCCUUUCCUCUCUCAUUUGCAAGGACUCAGGAAAAUAAAAAUGAUUUUCUACUUCUAGAAUAAAUCACAAUGGGAUUCUAA